AUGAAAUAUGAAAUAUUCGAUAAUCUCCCUGACUCAGAGGAAGCCAAAGACUACAAAACUGCUUUAAAACUUCUCACCGAUUAUUUUUCGCCGAAGAAAAAUAAAACAUUUGAAAUAUACAAAUUUCGCCAAGCUCAGCAACUGGAUAGCGAAAGCGUUGACAAGUUUUAUACCCGUCUCCGACAAUUAGCAUCUACGUGUGAAUUUACUAAUACUGAUGAUGAAAUUCGAUCUCAGAUAAUUCAACGAUGUUCAUCAAAGAAAUUACGAGAGAAUGCCCUGCGAGAUGACAACAUGACACUUGCAUAA